AUGUUAAACGCAGCGUUAGAGGCUCUGGAUACCGUUCCUUCAUCUCAUAUCGCGGAUCGGACGGCCGUCGGCGAUUCUGACAAUCAGAAGAUAUCCGCGCCGUCAGAGUUGCCGGCGAAGUUUAAACAGUACGCGUCGACUAAAGACGGCGAUGCGGUUCCGUACGCCGUGGUCCGCGCCGCAUGGUCCGCUUUACGCGAGCGGCACAGAUCAGAUCGCAGCGACCGAAGCGACCACAGCGAAGAGAGUGGUAACACAAGGACGGGUCAGAUUUCGCCGAGCGACAGCUGCGAGACGAGAGAAGUGAAGGAAUCAGAAGCACGAGAGGAAGCAUCAGGCGUUAAUUCACAAGGCACUGCGAGCAGCAGCGGCAACACUAGCAACGACACUGCGAGUAGCAACGGCACUACAAGCAGCGGAAACGGGAGGAGCAGUGACAGUGCGGGCAACGGCGCUGCGAAUAGCGACAAGAGCUCUGAUUGGCUUAUGCACGAGGUGCUGGAAGGCUGCCUCGUGCUGCUGCCUGCUCCACCCGAGCCUCCGAAGAAGAGUGCAGAGCUUGAAGAUCAUCUGGCUGCUCUGAAGGAAGCGGAGGAGGGAAGGCGGUACAGAGAGCUGGAGGCCCCCAGUCAACUCUUCCCCCUCUCCCCCCCCUCCACUUCUCAUCCCACAGAGUGCGGAGCUGGAAGCUCGUCUGGCUACUCUGAAGGAAGCGGAGGAGCAGAGGCGGUACAGAGAGCUCGUGAGAGACGUGGUCCCCAAGGGAGCAAAGGGGAGAGGGGCAAUCGUGCGGAGCUGGAAGCUCGUCUGGCGGCUCUGAAGGAAGCGGAGGAGCAGAGGCAGUACAGAGAGCUCAGUGCGGAGCUGGAAGCUCGUCUGGCUACUCUGAAGGAAGCGGAGGAGCAGAGGCGGUACAGAGAGCUCGUGAGAGACGUGGUCCCAGGGGGGGGGAAGGGAGAAGAGCAGCUGCUGCUGGUGGUGGUGAUUGAGAGGUCCAGUCACCUCCUCCCUCCCUCUCUCCCUUCCAUCUACCUCUCUUCCCACAGACUUGAAGCUCGUUUGGCUGCUCUCAAGGAAGCGGAGGAGCAGAGGCAGUAUAGAGAGCUCGUGAGAGACGUGGUCCCAGGGGGGGCAAAGGGGAGAAGGGCGGGAACUGGUGCAGGUGGUGGUGUUGACGAUGAGGAGGAUCUGGGAGGGCAGGGGGGGAGCUCGUACCUGGCAUCAUACAGAGAGCAGCUGGGGUUUGGUGAGUUCUUUUCCUUUUAA